AUGGAAAAAUCUCCAUUAUUAAAUGGUAGUAAAGAGAAAAGUAAGGAUGAGCUAUCAGCAGCUUUAAAAACUGCUACAACGUCAGUUCUUCUUCGCUCGACUCCAAUGCCAGAAAAUGCUGUAACAGUAAAGGGACCUGACUUUAAUAAUCAAUUAUCAUUACAUGAAUUACUUGAAGGUUAUUCUCGAAUGGGGUUUCAAGCAACUAGCCUUGAUUGGAGAUUAUCACAUGAACCAAUAUUGCCAGACGAAACAGAAGAAUACAAAGAACCAUUGAAAAGAAGUACAACGAAAUGUAAAAUAUUUUUAGGAUAUACAUCAAAUCUUGUAUCAUCAGGAUUGCGAGAAAUAAUUAGAUAUUUAGUACAAAAUUCAUUAGUUGAUGUUAUAGUAACAACAGCCGGUGGCGUAGAAGAAGAUUUUAUUAAAUGUUUAGGACAAACCUAUUUAGCAGACUUCCAAUUAAAUGGUGCGGAAUUAAGAAAAAAUGGUAUGAAUCGAAUUGGUAAUUUAGUUGUGCCCAAUGAUAAUUAUUGUAAAUUCGAAGACUGGGUUGUACCUAUAUUAGAUAAAUUAUUAGAAGAACAAAGAAACGAGGGAAUAAUAUGGUCGCCAUCAAAAAUUAUUAAUAGAUUAGGCAAAGAAAUAAAUAAUCCUGAUUCAAUAUAUUAUUGGGCAUAUAAGAAUAAUAUUCCAGUAUAUUGUCCGGCUCUCACUGAUGGUUCAUUGGGUGAUAUGAUUUAUUUUCAUACUUUUAAAAAUCCCGGGCUAGUUAUUGAUAUAGUAUCUGAUAUAAGGUCAAUAAAUCAACAAGCUGUCUUUGCAAGAAAAACUGGUGUCAUAAUUUUAGGCGGAGGAUUAGUUAAACAUCAUAUAUGUAAUGCCAAUCUCAUGAGGAACGGAGCCGAUUAUGCAGUUUAUAUAAAUACAGGACAAGAAUUUGAUGGAAGUGAUUCAGGUGCUAGACCUGACGAAGCUGUUAGUUGGGGAAAAAUCAAAACUGACGCCGAACAUAUUAAAGUUUAUGCAGAUGCCACAAUUGUUUUUCCACUUAUUGUUUCCGAAACUUUUGUCAAGGAAGUUCAUGGAUCAAUAUAA